AGAAGAAGAAGAAGAAGAAGAAGAAGAAGAAGAAGGAGAGGGAGCAGUGAGAGAGGAUGAGCGACGGGGACGAAGGCGUUAGACGCCGUACCGCAGCGGUUGCCGAUUAUAGGAAGAAGCUCCUCCAACAUAAGGAGCUCGAAUCCCGUGUUCGAACAGCUAGAGAGAACUUGAGAGGAUCGAAAAAGGAAUUCAACAAAACUGAGGAUGAUCUCAAGUCGCUUCAGAGUGUUGGCCAGAUCAUCGGAGAGGUCCUUCGACCUCUCGAUAAUGAAAGAUUGAUUGUCAAAGCGAGCAGCGGUCCUAGGUAUGUAGUGGGAUGCCGUAGCAAAGUGGAUAAGGAGAAGCUUACCUCAGGAACUCGAGUUGUUCUUGAUAUGACUACUCUUACUAUAAUGCGAGCCCUUCCCCGAGAAGUGGAUCCUGUUGUGUAUAACAUGCUCCACGAAGACCCUGGCAACAUUAGCUACUCUGCUGUGGGAGGAUUAGGUGAUCAGAUCAGAGAACUCAGGGAAUCUAUUGAGCUUCCUCUCAUGAACCCUGAACUUUUCCUCAGAGUAGGGAUCAAACCACCAAAGGGAGUUCUUCUGUAUGGACCUCCCGGUACCGGGAAAACUCUACUAGCUAGGGCUAUUGCCAGCAACAUCGAUGCCAACUUCUUGAAGGUUGUAUCAAGUGCAAUCAUUGACAAAUACAUUGGAGAAAGUGCUAGGCUCAUUCGGGAGAUGUUUAACUAUGCUCGUGACCACCAGCCUUGUAUCAUUUUCAUGGAUGAAAUCGAUGCUAUUGGUGGGCGUCGUUUUAGUGAGGGAACCAGUGCUGAUCGUGAAAUUCAAAGAACGCUUAUGGAGUUGCUCAAUCAGCUUGAUGGGUUUGACAACCUUGGAAAGGUGAAAAUGAUAAUGGCGACGAACAGGCCUGAUGUACUUGAUCCUGCGCUUCUCCGUCCAGGUAGAUUAGAUAGAAAGAUUGAAAUCCCUUUGCCAAAUGAGCAAUCAAGAAUGGAUAUCCUCAAGAUCCAUGCAGCUGGUAUAGCCAAAAAUGGUGAAAUAGAGUACGAGGCUAUCGUCAAACUUGCGGAGGGAUUCAAUGGUGCUGAUCUGCGUAACAUAUGCACGGAAGCUGGAAUGUUUGCAAUCCGAGCAGAGCGGGACUAUGUGAUCCACGAAGAUUUCAUGAAGGCGGUUAGAAAGCUGAGCGAGGCCAAGAAACUCGAGUCGAGUUCACACUAUAAUGCUGAUUUUGGAAAAGAGUGA